AUGCUGUACAUAAUCGGACUAGGAUUAUCGGACGAAACAGAUAUCACAGUAAAAGGCCUUAACGCUCUCAAGUCAUGUGAGCGAGUAUAUCUGGAAGCAUACACGAGUAUACUUCUCGCCUCAAAGGAGAAAUUAGAAUCUUUCUAUGAUCGUGAAAUACAGCUUGCGGAUCGCGAGCUAGUAGAAUCCGAUUCUGCAGUCAUUUUGCAGGGAGCAGAUAAAGUCAAUGUUGCAUUCCUGGUUGUUGGAGAUCCAUUUGGUGCGACUACACAUACAGAUCUUAUUCUACGUGCAAGGGAGAUGGGAAUUCCUGUGACUAUCAUACAUAACACAUCAAUAUUGAAUGCUGUUGGGGUCUGUGGUUUGCAGCUAUACAAUUUUGGACAGACAAUAUCGAUACCAUUUUUUACGGAUACAUGGAGACCGGAUAGUUUCUAUGAUCGAAUAAAAGAGAACAGAACUAUUGGGCUACACACAUUGUGUUUAUUAGACAUCAAGGUUAAGGAACAGAGUAUUGAGAAUCUGGCAAGAGGACGGAAUAUAUAUGAACCACCACGGUACAUGACGAUAAAUCAGGCAAUUCAUCAGCUUCUUGAAAUAGAGGAAUCUCGACAAGAAAAUGCUUACACACCAUUCACGCUUGCCAUAGGACUAGCACAUGUCGGGUCUUCUGCGGAUCAAGUUAUCAAAGUCGGUUCGUUACAGCAUCUACUGAAUGAAGACUUUGGUCCACCGUUACAUUCUCUUGUAAUAGUUGGCAGCAGAAUGCAUAUUGUGGAAAGAGAUUACAUGAGGCAUUAUGUUGUUGAUAAAGAAUUUGACACGAUUGUCAAGAGAGAUUACAAUUUAUGA